AUGGACCAGACAGAUGAAUUGGUAUUGAUCAGUCAUGAAGCAAAAGAAUUUUAUGAUGAAAUUCGUGGACUAGUUGUUGUCUUUUUGCUAUUCACCAUCCUUUUCUUUAUUGCUCAUAUCACACUGCAGUAUUUUCUAACUAAAACGGAAUGUGAGCUAAAGCCAUAUCGAGAUGAACGUUUAGCUUACCAACUGGUCUUGGGUAUAUGUACAUUUACACUGACUAUAGGCCUGACUUCAUACAGCUUAUUGCCGUUCACCAUCAUCACCAAUGAGAUUCUAAUUAUUUUUCCUAAAUCUUAUUAUGUACAAUGGUUAAAUGGGGAGUUAAUACAAGACUUGAUAUUGCUUAUUAAUAUCGGGUGUAAAAUAUCGUAUUUAACUAUACCAUUUUCUUAUUUUCUGUUAAAUUCUCAAGGAUUUCUAUACAAAUCACAUUCCUUGACACCACGCUUGGUUUAUUCUUUCACAAUGGUUUUAUUCUUUUACAUUUUAUGUUUUGGUACGUCAUGGUCGCUAACCAGCUUUGUAUCAGCAUCGAAUUAUUAUUUUUUAUCAGAUGUGUUACCUACUAGUGAUAGCAACUCAUUUCUUACAUCCCAUUAUCAGACUUACUUUUCUGUCAGUCCUACUCAUCACCUUGACUAUUAUGAAAAUCACCCAGUUUCACUUCUCCUGGAUUACGUGAAGUCUGUUGGCUGGAUAAGAUUUCUUCAGGACGUUUUCAUUCAGGUGAUAUUUAUGUCAGCCUUAGAAUUAAUUCAAAUGACAGCCUCUUUAUUAGGACUGUUAUUAUUAUUUAUUUGUACUCCAGUGGGUCUACUGUCUAUCGUCUUAAACCUAAUCACAAUCAGUAUACAUUCUUUACCGAAUUUAAUACCAAAGCAAACAUUGCAUAAUCGUAUUGAACAAUUAAAUUUUGAAGCGUUAACCGUCAUGGAUGACAUUAAUUGUGUCCAACUUCUGUAUACUGCUGGCAAUAUGAUGAAUGAGGAAGGUAAUUUUUUGGUUCAUAAAUCAAUCUGUUUUCGGAAUUACACCGAUGUCAAGUCAAAAGAAGAGUUAUUACUCAAGUAUACAAAUGAGUUGGAUUUGUUGAACUUAGAAAUAUUACAGAUUAAACAACGUAUAAACGCACGUACGUUUUUGCGAUUUAUGCGCGAAUCUACACACUUACUUUUUUAUUUCUUCUGUUUAAUCUUGCUUUUUGUUCUGUUUCGCUUAUUGGAAUCGUUUGUAUUCUUCAAUAUCAUUGAUCUCUUAUGGAGUAUGGUUUUUGGCGGUUAUGGUAGUAAAGACAGCAGUAGUUAUUUAGUGACAACGGAAAGCAAAGAUUAUUCAUCAUUUCCGGGUAAUUCUGCAGAUUACAGUUUUACACUUGGCUUAAAACCUGUUUCGUCACUUGGACAUAUUGGGGCUGCUUUCCAGGUCUGUCUGGUGCUGUUUCUUCUUGUAUUAAGUUUGUGGGGUUUUUACUCACUCCCAUGUGCUCGUUCUCUUCGACCGAGAUAUCACGCAACGAGUUUGGAUAUCAUGUUGGCGAACAUUUUGUUAUUCCUAAUGUUAAGUGCCGCACUUCCUCUGCAAACCAAUCUGCUAGGAUUAACCACACUCACCUUACCUAGUCCACUUAAAACAGAAGCUAUCAUGUUACCCACAUAUUCAGAAUGUUCAAGUCAUGUCUGCGAAUCUUCACAAAACCGAUUUGUUUGUGCUGAAAAUACGUCCAACUGUCCGAGUACAAAAUCGAGCAAAAAAUCUAUCAGUUGGUGGACAAAACUGAUCAGUGGCACAUACUUCGAUUCAUUCAACUGGUUUAAUUUUAUCCAUAUAAUUAAUCCAUUUAGUUCUUCCUCUCCGAAUAAUCUAGAUGAGUUAACGGUACCCCGCCCGAUCCAAGCUAAAAAACAAUCGAUUUUCCGUCAGUUUAUUUCUCGUGCUUUCGGCUAUUCAUCUGUUUCGCCUAGUUAUGGGCUAGGCCUAGUCAUAUUAACGUAUAACAUUUGCUUCCUGGUUUCUUCAAUGUGGAUUGCUGGCCGACGAUUAAGAGAUGCUACGUUGUCAAUCAGUUUAGAUGUGGUAACGACGAUUCGGUGUUUGCAUCAGUUGGACAUCACAUCUAAACCUAAUUCACACUUAGAACGUACGGAAUGGCUAAAUGAACUGCCUUGUACCAACGGUUCAGAAGAACUUGAUCGACGUAUUUACUAG